CGUGAUUGGUGUUUUGAAAAUGAAAAGUUUUUAAAUGUGGCUAUUUUUAUAUUAUAGUGUUUUCAUGCAAAUUUAUUUUGUUGUAUAUAUAAUAAUUUUUGAAACUAGAAUAGUUUAGACCUUUAUAAAGAACAAUGUCACCACUUUGUUUAGUUUGUGGAUGCAGUGAAGAUGAAGUAAUAAAAAUGCAUUACUUUCCCAAGAAUUCUGUAAAAUGCAGUUUAUGGUUUGCUGGCCUGGGUCUUCCAUAUCUCGGAGGAGUAACGCGAAAUUCCCGAAUCUGCAAUAAACACUUUAAACAGACUGACUACGUAAAUAAUAUUAUUUGGACAUUAAAACGUGAUGCAUUACCAAUGAAAUUCGUGGAUCGGCAGACAACUCGAAAUGAUACAGAUUUGUUGAGCAAAGAUAUAAAAAGAGAAAUGGUAAUUUCAUGUUGGGCACCUGAAUGCACACAUAAUAGUCUCAAGGACCCAUGCAAAUUUUUCACAUUCCCAUGUAUUCCGACCAGGCGGAAAAGAUGGUUACAAUUGAUAAGACGUGAUGGAAUACCAGGGAUUGGUGAGCUGAUGUGUAGUUGUCAUUUUCGAGAUGGAAAUGAGGUCAACGAUCCAGAGAUCUUUGCACACAAUGAGCAGAAAUUGUUCAAAGAACAUUAUUUGUCCCAGGAAUACACGACAAUGAGGAAAAAUGCAAAGAGGAAAUUGGAUAUCUCUCAUGAAAAUACAGAAGUAAUUGAUGGAUAUUCUUCACAAGAUGAACCAAUGGUUAGUCCAUCUACAAGCGAACCAAUGCCUGGUCCAUCUAAAAGAGAACCAAUGCCUGGUCCACCUAUAAGAGAAUUAAUACCUGGUUCAUCUACAAAAGAAGCAGAUAUUAUUAUGCUCAAAGCUGAAAACGAUCGGUUAAAAUUGGAAGUAGAGAAAUCAAAAGAAAUAAUAAGAACUAUGCGUUUACAUUUUUCUUAUACACACAUCUGCGAAAAUGAUGCAUUAAUUUUAGAAUACACUGGGUUACCUAAUCGAAAGAUAUAUGAAAGUUUACUCUUUGUUCUGCAAGAUUUGGACAUAAAAUAUUAUUUGGAAAGGAAGGUUGAAAAACUAAACUUGCAAGACCAAAUAUUGAUAGCUUUAAUGAAAUUAAGGCAUAAUUUUACCCACACUGAUCUGGCAUAUAGAUUUAAUGUGUCCACAGCAACUAUAACAAAUGUUGUGGUCACAUUCAUUCAUUUAUUUCAUGAUGUGUUAUUUGUGAAAUUGAUGGGUAGAAUACCUAAACACUCAAAAAACAGAUCAUGUUUGCCAAAUUGUGCCAGCACGUUCACCAACUGUAGAAUUAUUCUAGAUUGUACUGAAGUAUUUUCUGCAGUUCCACGACACUUGAUGAAACAUCAGAAAAUUGCCUACAGUGCAAACACACAUAGGAGCACUCUAAAAGCUUUAGUAGGAGUAGCUCCGAAUGGAGUUAUCACCUAUGCCAGCAACCUUUUCCCUGGAUCGACUUCUGAUAAAAUAAUUGUGAAGAGUUGUGAAAUUUUAGAUCAAAUGGAACCAGGGGACUUAAUUUUGACUGCCAAAGGACUUUUAAUUAAAGAUAUUCUACCAAAUGGGGUAACAGUUAAUGCACCUCCAUAUUUGUCAACUGAGCAAAUUACACCUGAGCAAGUGCGUCGUAUAGAAUGUAUUGCUAGAGCCACAAUUCACGUAGAAAGGGCAAUUAAGAGGAUGAAAAGUUAUAAAAUUUUGAGUUUUAUUCCAGCUGAGAUGUUUAAAUAUAGUACAAUUAUUUUUAAAACUGUGGCAGCAUUAACCAAUUUACAAUACCCCUUGAUUAAAGAGGUUUCACAGUUUUACACAGACAGUGAAAUAAAAUCAUGAAUAUUUGUAUAUUUUUUUUACCUUUUUAGAACAAAAUAUGAUAUGUAUAGAAGUAAUCAUAACUAUUUUUUCUAUACACACAUGGAUAUUAGCAUAUCUACUGACACACUACAAAACGAAACAGUAUGCUAUUGCAUUCAACUGAACAAAUAUAUUUCAUAUUAUAUAUUCUAGGUAGUCAAAAAAUACAAUCUACCAAUCACAAUUUAUCUUUUGGUCAACCAACUGCCAUUAUUUUUAAAAUUUUAAACGGGCGACAAUUUUGGCAAACUAAUUGUCACUAUAUUUUUUAGUUAUUCAGAAUAAAUAUACAUUAAAAUGAGUUAUUCUUGAGUAGAAUCGAUAAAUAAUAGCAUUAGUCACUAAAACAAAUGUUUUUUUAUUCAGUAUGGGUUCUCGUUGAAUUUUGUCAUUGUUUCGCAAAACCGAAUUCGUCUGUCCGGAUCAUCGUCACCAAGUUCUUGCAAAAUGUUCAUUUUGUACGGGUGAAAUUUGUGCCUUUUUAAUACUCUUCUGACAUAUGUUUGCGGUAUGAUUAUUAGCAACCUGACCAAGAACUUCUACUUGCAUCUCUUCGUCCAAAAUAUUGGGCCCCUCUUUUUUUUAUUUGCUAGAGAUUCUGUUUUUUGGAAUUUUCUAAACUAAAUCUCUCACAUAAACAUGACUAACAUUUCUGCUAGGAUGUAUUUCAUUAAAUGCAAGAGCUGUUCUUAAAUAGCACAUUUCUUGCGCACCAUAAAGAAAAAUAAUUUCAAUUCUUUCUUCCUCACUAUAAACCAUUUUUGAGAACGAAAAAACUCAGAUAAAAGAUAAACUGUCGACUACAAUUAAAAAAUAACACCUCUGAUUUUUCCUCUGCAUAGUCGUAAUGUCUAUCCUUAAAAAUAUAGCUUAUCCAGUUUAUUAAACGAAAAUAAAAUUCUCAAAAUCAAUCGUUUAUAAAAAUGGCCACACAUUCGACCAGUUGAACGAUCGAAUCGAAGUUUGCCUCUUGUUUAAAUCCAAUAUUUUUUGAAGAUUACUUCAUAAUACCCAUUCCUUAUCAAUCGCCCUGUAUAUAUUAUUUUACAUUUUUCAAUUAAAUCAUUUGUUAUGCAUAAACAAAAUUAUAUUUUAU